AUGGGCAUUCAACGAGAUGAGCGUGGGGGAGCAGCAUCCUCCUCCACUACCUACAACCCACUUAUCCAGCAAUUCGGACAGCUGAAUGUGUUGGACGAUUUGAUCAGGCUACGGGCCGGGGAUUAUGUUCAACGUCCAAUAUUGGCCUAUCCCACCUCGGAGACGGCAGCGUCGACAUACAGCUACUAUAGCGGCCGCGAUUUGAAUGAUAUGAUCGAUAACAUGGUUACGGUCUUGGUGGAUACUGGAUUUACUCCUCCGCGCGAGGGUCCAGCAGUCGUCGCUCUGUUGACGCUUUCGGAUCUUAACAUGGUGAUUACUUUUUUCGCACUCAGUCGCUUGGGCUUCACCGUGAUGAUGCUUUCUCCACGCUUGUCCGGGGACGCGUGUGUUUCACUGCUGAACGAGGUCGAGUGUGAUACGGUCUUGUAUGGCACCACAGUCAGCAUUCGAACAAGAAUUGGGGAGAUUCUUCAGCGCAAGAUAAUGGCCUGCCGACCACUUCCUCAAAUCAACUCUGACAGGGUUCCUGAGCGGACCUUCCUGGCCAUACAUCAACGUCGCAACCUGGAAGCCCAGCGAAACAGAAUCGCACUGAUACUUCAUUCCUCGGGAUCAACAGGCACACCCAAACCACUAUAUCUCACCCACAAAGCUCUGAUGACGCACCCCCUCCGAGGACCUGGAUUGACCUCGUUCAAUCCUUUGCCUUGGUACCACCUCCAUGGACUCUCGACGGCAUUACAGGCCAUGUGGCAGAGAAAGACCGCCUUCAUGUGGAACGCUGCGUUACCCCUCACAGCAAAGUCGGUGAUUUGCGCCUUGGAGGCGACAAGGCCGCAGUCAGUUGCGGCCGUACCCUACCUGCUGCAAUUGAUGGUAGACCAUCCAAGAGGAAUCGAUGCUCUUCGUGCGUGUGAGUUGGUGACGUAUGGCGGUGCGCCCUGCCCCGAUGAGUUGGGUGACAAACUUGUCAACGAGGGUGUCAAUUUUGGAGGAUCCUUUGGACUAACAGAGGCUGGGUUAGUCGCAGAUUCAAUAUCUCGAUCCAAAGAUGACCCGUAUUGGAAUUAUCUGCGCUUCUUCGAUAACAUCAAGCCGUACAUCUGGAUGAAACCCGUGGGGGACUCUUUAUACGAAUGCGUCUAUCUCAAAGGACACCCCGCUCUGACUACUUGCAACUCGAAUGAGCCACCUGGUUCAUUUCAUUCCAAGGACGUCUUCGCGCCUCACCCAACCAUACCCGAAAGAUGGAAGUACGCGUCCAGAAUCGACGAUCGCAUUACCCUCGUCAAUGGAGAGAAGGUGCUACCUCUCCCCAUCGAGGGCCUUGUCAAGCAGGAUGUGCUGAUCCACGAAGCAGUGGUGGUCGGUAUCGGGAAAGCUUCACCGGGUUUGUUAGUCUUUAAGUCACAGGAGAUUGACGAAGCCGAGGUUUCAGACGAGGAGUAUCUGGACGCCAUCUGGCCUACUAUCCAAGAUGCCAAUUCGCGGGCAGAGCGAUUUUCCCAAAUCUCACGCGACCUGAUUGCCAUUUUACCCUACACGGCAAAGUUUCCACGGACGGACAAGGGAUCUAUGAUUCGUGCACAGGUUUAUUCCGAAUACGCGCCCUUGAUUGAGGAUCUUUUCUCGCAGUCUGAAGAAAAAGAAGGAUGUACCCAGACAGAUGUGCAUGAAACACAAGCCUUGAUUCUCAAGCUUUGCCGAGAAGAACUUUUUGUUCACAUUGAUACUGCCAAAAGUGAUUUCUUCAACGCCGGUAUCGACAGUUUGAAAGCCAUUCAAUUACGACGACUGAUACUGCGCAAUUUCAAGCUCGAUAAGGACAUGCUUAGGCAGAAUGCGGUGUACGAGACAGGGACUGCCAACGCGCUGGCCGAGCACAUUUGCGCACUUCAAGUUGGCCGUGCAUUGUCUUCAGCGGAUUCAGACAGCAAUUUGAUGAGUAGAUGGAUAGAGAAAUUUUCCUCUUUCGGGAGUCAUGUUCCGCAUCCAUCGUUCUGUUGGAAAUUCAAGAGCGUGAUUUUGACCGGAGCAACAGGGUCCAUCGGCGCCAACGUUCUCCAUUCGCUAUUGCAGGACGAGUCUAUAUCGACAGUCUACUGUUUCACGAGGCAGGCCUCGCCUACGAAAGCAAUCCUUGACGGCCUGUCUAACCGAGGGCUUGCCAUCACACCCGCGCAGACAUCAAGAGUUAAAGGAUUACACUGUGUCAUAGACCAGCCCAACUUUGGUCUCAAACACAAGACAAUUGAGCAUCUUCGAGGCACUGUAACCCAGAUCAUUCACGCUGCAUGGCCCGUCAACUUCAAUCUGCCGUUGACAUAUUUUUAUCCUCAUGUUCAAGGUGUCUACAACCUAAUCCAAUUCUCGCUAUCCGUACGCCAACCACAACCCGCCGUGAUGUUAUUCUGCUCUUCCGUGUCCACCGCACUAGCAUCAUCAUCGAAGUCCAUCCCAGAGAGCCCUCUAAACCUUUCGAGUGCCUACAUGGGAUACGGUCAGUCCAAACUGAUUGGAGAGCACAUCAUCAGUAAGGCCCGUCGUUCAGGCGCACGAUGCUACUCCUUGCGUAUUGGACAAGUCUCAGGCCACUCCAAGAUGGGGUUCUGGAACGACAAAGAGGCUCUCCCGUUAAUUAUUCGAUCCGCGGCGACCCUGAAAGCGCUACCUGACCUCUUCAACCAUACGUGUUCCUGGCUUCCAGUGGACAAGCUGGCGUCUAUAAUUGUCGACAUUGUUCAAGUGUGCUCAUCUCCAAAGAAAACUGCAGUGUUUGACCAUCUGCAACGUGCAUUGCAAAUGGGAUAUCCCCUCCCCGGCCUCAUAUGCUCCGUGGACUCAGAUACGGUCACAGCAAAGAACGACAACGACAACGACGACUCCAUAUACAACAUCAGCAACCCCCACAUUUUCCAAUGGUCCGCCUUACUGGACUCCCUCCGCCGCAAUGGCUUCCAAUUUGAGACUGUACCCUUCGAACAAUGGUGCCGCAUGCUCUGGGAGAGUGAAGCCCGUGGUGAAGAGCACAUCAAUCCUGCUGUCAAAUUGAUCAGUCACUACGAAGACAUGUAUGGAAAAAAGUCGGCGGUGAGACUGAAACCUUUUCAGACUGCGCGGGCUGAGAAAGAUAGUGCAACGAUGCGCGGGCGAGAUCUGGAUAUGGUCGGCGGUGGAAUAUUAGAUAACUAUGCAAGAGAUUGGCGUAGUCGGUGGAUGAGCUCAUGA